GUCGGAACAUGUCAGAACAUAUCGGAACAUGUCGGAAUUCAUUAUUGUCAUGGAGAACCCGUCACGGCGCCUCACCAGGGCAACAACAGUACAAAAAUCUUUUUCCCAUUUGUUUUUCCCUCUUUUCUUUUCAUUUCCUUUGUUUACUUUUUGUCUCGAAGCAUAAACAGGUUUCCACCUUUGAUCUCCAUUUGGUUGCAAGUCCGUGUAAGUCUGUGGAGACUCUGAGCGAGGUUGCUUGUAACUGUUAUCGUAUACUGUUCUAGACCACCACGCUGUUGUAUCUUCCUUGGGACUUGGGUAUAUUGAUCCUUUGAUAGGCGUGCACUGACGUUCUUUGCUACCCGUAUUACCACUCCCAUGCUUGAAUCGCACUUGAACCUUUCAUUACCGAUGCCCGAUGCCUAUGAUUACGCUGGUGAACAGCUGAUACUGAACAGUCUGCGGACUGAGGAGUCUCCUCUACAGAACGAGGUGAAGGAAGCGCAAAUCGAUGCGUCAACUCCGGUAGAUACCGGGGAAGAUGGGACUGAUAAGGAAGACCAAGUGAAUACGAGUGCAGACGCAGCGAAUAUAAUGAAUGCCUUGAAAUUAGACUCUUCACCUGAGAAGUCUUUGACUUCGAAACAACUUGAACGAGUGCUGAAACCGGGGGAUGCUGAGGAAGAAGAAGAAGAAGAAGAAGAAGAAGACAUUAUCGACGUAUCCGAUUCUUCAACAGACGACAGCAGGGACCAAAGCGAAGAAAUCGAGGAGUUCCCACUGUUUCCCGAACGAAUCAACGGCUCUAACAUCAUUGAAGACGAGCGUAUACUAUCUACACCAGAAAAGAGAAAAGCUGAGGAAUCGCCUGAAGAGUUGGAGAACAGUAUCUGCAAGAGAACAAGAUCGCAAAGUUCACAGUUUGACACACUAUCGCCCAUGGCACAGAAAAUGGUGGAGCAUUCUCAAAUCCCUUCCAAGAUCCCGGUACUGAUGAGUAUGGCGACAAAUGAAGUUCUGAGACGCCGUUCCAAGCGUCUCCAAGAUAUAGAUGUGGAUUCACAUAGGCUCAAGUGCCAACCAAAACAAGUUGAUGUCCCACUUCGGCCAGCGUUAAAGUCCGAAUAUGGACGUGCCCAUGACUGCGAACCUGGGUCUGCAAAUGUCAACCUUGUUGUUGAUUGUAAGAGCGGGCUGCUGACGGAGGCAACUCGAUAUGCCACUGCGUUGAACUCCGUUAACGGUGACCUCGGAGUAGAACUACCGAAGAGGAGCGACGAGCUCGUACAGAUCGCAAUGCUAGGAGCUCGGAAAUCCACAAAGAAUGCAAAGGUGGCCCUUGUGCGAGGAUACACGGUUAAAGGAGGGUCCAGGGAUAAGAAGGGCUCGACAAUUGGGUUCUAUUCUCAAGAGCAGUACAAAAAGUACUGCGAUUCACCGUCCAAAGUGAUAAAGCCGUACGAUGGGGACAGUAACGACGACGUUGAUGCUUCUACAGCAGUGCCCUCGAGGCGCGGGAAGAAAGGAGUUAGAUGGGCAAGCGAAUUGGAAUGGUAGAUUAAGACAUUUUAUCACUAACAUCUUAUACAACGGAGACGUGGCUG